GUAUCUUGGCUCAGCCUUCAGAAACGCGCAAGCGCGUAGCGGAAGUGACGCCAGGCGUAGCGGAAGUCCCUCCAGCCGCGGUGUUGUGCUGUGGGGAAGAGAGACGGAUUUGUAAACCCCGGAGCGAGGUUCUGCCUACCCGAGGCCGCUGCUGUGCGGAGACCCCGGGGGAAACCACCGUCACCAUGUCUGACCAGGUACCGGCCUGGGAGCCAUCCAAUGGCGGUGGCCGAGGCCUUACUCCGCAGGAGGCAAAACCUUCAACCGAGGACUUGGGGGAUAAGAAGGAAGGAGAAUAUAUUAAACUCAAAGUCAUCGGACAGGAUAGCAGUGAGAUUCACUUCAAAGUGAAAAUGACAACACAUCUCAAGAAACUCAAAGAAUCGUACUGUCAAAGACAGGGAGUUCCCAUGAAUUCACUCAGGUUUCUCUUUGAAGGUCAGAGAAUUGCUGAUAAUCACACUCCAAAAGAACUGGGAAUGGAGGAAGAAGAUGUGAUUGAAGUUUAUCAGGAACAAACAGGGGGUCGUUCAACAAUUUAGAUAUUUUUAUUUUUUUUUCUUUUCCCUUAAUCCUUUUUUAUUUUUAAAAAUAGUUCUUUUGUAAUGUGGUGUUCAAAACAGAAUUGAAAACUGGCACCCCAUCUCUUUAGAACAUCUGGUAAUUUGAAUUCUAGUGCCCAUUAUUCAUUAUUGUUUGUUUUCAUUGUGCUGAUUUUUGGUGAUCAAACCUCAGCCCCGUUCAUAUCGCCCUCUCCUUUUUAAAAAUUAUGUGUGUGCACAGAGAGGCCGCCUUUUCCAGGACUGUGCAUUUACAGGCUUGUGAUAAGUAAGAUUGACUAAUGCGAGUGUUCGUAAUGACUUUCCAAUUGGCCCUGAAGUUCUAGCAUGUGAUCGCUUCGCUCCUGGACUGUGACUCUCAGUGGGAGAUGGAAGUUUUCAGAGAACUGAACUGUGGGAAAAUGCCCUUUCCUUAACUUGAAGCUACUUUUAAAAUCUGAGGGUCUGGACCAAAAGAAGAGGAAUAUCAGGUUGGAGUCAAGGUGACAGAGGUGGUGAAAAUAAUGACAAACUCCAAAGAUGGCUUCACUGAAGAGAAAGCAUUUUAAGAUGAAAGAAAAAUCUUGUCAGAAGAUCCCAGAAAAGUUCUAGUUUUCAUUAGCAGUUAAAGUUAUUCAUGCAGAAGUGUAUACAGCAGAACGCUGCUCUUUUUGACUUUAUUUGUACUUUUUGGCCUGGGAUAUGGGUUUUAAAUGGACAUUGUCUGUACCAACUUCAUUAAAAUAAACAAAAUAUUUGUAAAAA